AUGAAUCACGAGAUGCUUCCCGUCAAGAUGGGAGCGAUUGCUGUCAAUGAGGAGAAAUCGUAUCAACGAGGUGGUGGGUAUACUGGCCAAAGAACUGAUGGAACAAGAAACACGCAAACACGUGUUAGAAGAAUUUUCAGCUUUGCACAGAUAUUCUUUUUUGCUCUGAGUUAUAUGUCAUCCUGGGAAGCCAUUUCAUCGAAUGUGGCCUAUUUCUUCUGGAAUGGCGGACCUAGAUCCGUUUCUUUGGGUUACUUCAUCGUUAUAUCUGGAGUUCUGUGUCAAGUCUCUUCCCUGGCAGAGAUGUCGUCCGUCCAAGCAAUUGCAGGUGCUCAAUACCAUUGGACGUAUUACCUAGCUCCUGCAUCGCAUCGACGGUUCAUCACUUGGAUGCAAGGUUGGAUUACUUGGUUCUCUUGGAUCUCGCUCCUGGCCGGUGUGGUCAAUAUUGCCGCCCUCAUGGUUCAAACAUUGGUCAGCGCAUCAUACCCAGAUUAUGUUCCCAAGGGUUGGCAUGUGACUUUGAUCAUCUAUGCCAUGCUCAUCACUCAAGGCCUGAUGAAUCAAUUCCUGUUUUUCCUUCUCCCAUGGAUGGAGCUUCUCGCUGGCCUGCUGCAUAUUAUCACCUGGAUCAUCUUCGUUUCGGUCUUGGUGACUCUGGCACCCCGUCACUCGACAGAAUUUGUAUUCACUGAAAAGACUGCACUCUCCGGUUGGACAAACGAAUAUGUCUCUUUCAAUCUCGGUAUGUUGACAGCAACUUGGGGUUUCGUUGGCUUCGAUGGUGCGGUUCAUAUGUCUGAGGAAGUACGAAAGGCGCGACACGCUGUCCCUCGAGCAAUGUUCUGGAGUAUCGUGAUGAAUGGCGUCCUGGCAUAUGGCAUGAUCCUUGUGAUCCUGUACUGUCUGGGUGAUGUCGAUGAGAUUCUCUCUUCUGGAUAUCCCCUCAUCACAAUCUGCAUUAAUGCCACUCAGUCUGUGGCCGCAGGCUCAGCAAUGGUGGGAAUCAGUAUGAUUGUUACCAUUGCUUGCUCCAUAGGCAGUGUCGCUUCUGCUUCUCGGCUCACCUGGGCAUGGUCUCGCGAUGGUGGACUGCCAGCAUAUUUCUCCUAUAUCGACCCCAAGCACCGCAUUCCUAUUCGCUCUGUCUGGCUGCCGAUCUUCAUCGUUAUGCUUCUCGCCCUCCUGAACGUCGGGAGCAGCAUCGCCUUUAGCGUCAUUGUCGCCCUUUCCACUUUGGGUUUAUACCAAUCUUACCUGAUCGCCAUCUCAUGCAUGCUGUACUCUCGCUUGCAGGGUCGUAUCGAGCCCGGUGGCUGGUCGUUGGGUAAAUGGGGUCUGCCUGUCAACAUCUUCGCCAUCAUCUACACCAGCUACAUCAUGGUCUUCCUGUGCUUCCCCUCUUUCCUCCCAGUCGGUCCCUCAAGCAUGAACUAUGCACUUCCAAUUAAUGCGUUUGUUCAGAUCGCCGCGGUGAUCGGGUGGUUCGGUUGGGCGAAGAAGAACUGGAGAGGCAUCAACAAGGAAAUUGUCGAUGCUGUCGUUGCUGAUCAAGACCGUGAUACCAAGGACUAG